CCUUUGGAGUUUGGGAGGAGAGACGUGGGGAGGAGGGGGGGUGGAGAGGCUGCCUCUGUCAGGGCCUUCGUCAGAGCCAAGUGGCCAGGAAGAGCCUCAGCCCCUGCACGGCGGCGAGCAGCGAGCUCUGGGACACGAGCCGCGGGACCGCAGACAAGAUGAAGCAGCUCUUCCUCCUCUUCCUCCUCGGGCUCAUCACCAGGUCCUUGCAGAUCGAAGACAACAAGAUCCCUGGGCUGUGCUCAGGGCAGCCUGGCAUCCCGGGCACCCCGGGCCUGCACGGGGGCCAGGGUUUGCCAGGCAGAGACGGACGAGAUGGCCGGGAUGGAGCCAUGGGGAUGCCAGGGGAGAAGGGCGACAUGGGCCCUCCUGGAGUGCCCGGUCCCCGCGGGGAGGUGGGCAGCCCCGGCGUGGACGGGCUGCACGGUGAGAAGGGGGCUCAGGGCGAGUGCGCCGUGGCUCCUCGCUCCGCCUUCAGCGCCAAGCGCUCCGAGUCGCGCAGCCCUCCCCUGGCCGACCAGCCCAUCCUCUUCGACGUGGUGCUCAUCAACGAGCAGGGCCACUACGACCCGGCCACGGGCAAGUUCACCUGCGAGGUGCCCGGCCUGUACUACUUCGCCGUGCACGCCACCGUGUACCGCACCAGCCUGCAGUUCGACAUCAUGAAGAACGGCCGCUCCAUCGCCUCCUUCUUCCAGUACUACGGCAACUGGCCCAAGCCCACCUCGCUCUCGGGGGGCUCCCUGGUCCGCCUGGAGCCCGAGGACGAGGUGUGGGUGCAGGUGGGCGUGGGGGACUACAUCGGCUUCUACGCCAGCGUCAAGACGGACAGCACCUUCACCGGCUUCCUCGUCUACUCCUACUGGCAAAACUCCGCCGUGUUCGCCUGAGCCCGCCCCGGUGCCCCUUCCCAGCCCCCAGCGCGGUGGGAGCGGGGGCAGCGGGACCCCUGCCCUGCUCAGAAACGCAGAAACACUCCUUGUACCAUGGCGGGGGUGGAGGAACACCCCUGGAGCAGCGCUGGGACGGAGCCCGCGGUUAUUUCGGGCACCCCCAGCGCAGGGCAAGCCGGGCUGAGUGGCCAGGAGCCCAUCCCGGGGGUCCUGCCCCGUCCCUCCCCUCAAUAAAGGGCUGCUCAGCUCCGCGUGUGCCACCUA